UGCGGGAUGAGUCAGGCGUUAUGAUGCUGCUAUCGCUGCCAUUUCCCCGGCCCAUGGACGCAUGACAUGCGGAUGACUGUGCGAGUUUGCCGUGCCAAGUGAGCCUCAACGUUUAAGUGCCCUUGUUGUAUCUUUCGCAGCAGCGGCAGGACCAGCAACGAGGGCACCAGUCCAGCUUGGAACUUCGGGGCCUACACGGCCGCCCCUGUCAUCGCCUCCAGCAGUUGGCUGAAGUAGGUCCGUUGCGUUUCCUGCACCUGUUCUGUCAGGAGACGGAAAAGACAAAACCGGUCGAGCGACAGAGCGACAGCUGAGUCGAGCAGAGUCAUGGAAGCCAUCUGGCUGUAUCAGUUCAGGCUCAUCGUGAUCGGCGACUCAACAGUGGGCAAGUCGUGUCUGAUCCGCCGCUUCACCGAGGGACGUUUCGCUCAGGUGUCGGAUCCCACGGUGGGCGUGGACUUCUUCUCUCGGCUGGUGGAGAUCGAGCCGGGCAAGCGGAUUAAGUUGCAGAUUUGGGACACCGCCGGCCAGGAGCGUUUCAGGUCCAUCACUCGAGCGUACUACCGCAACUCGGUGGGAGGGCUGCUCCUGUUUGACAUCACCAACCGCCGCUCCUUCCAGAACGUGCACGAGUGGCUGGAGGAGGCUCGCAGUCACGUGCAGCCGCACCGCAUCGUCUUCCUACUGGUGGGCCACAAAUGCGAUCUGGACGCUCAGCGACAGGUGAGCCGGCAAGAGGCCGAGAGGCUGGCGGGGGUGUACGGCAUGCGCUACAUCGAAACGUCGGCGCGAGACGCCAUCAACGUGGAGCGUGCCUUCACCGAGUUGACCAAAGACAUCUUCGCCCUGGUGCGCUCUGGAGACAUCAGCAUCCAGGAAGGCUGGGAGGGCGUCAAGAGCGGCUUCGUCCCAAACGUGGUUCACUCCUCCGAGGAGGUGACCAAGAGCGACCGCCGCUGCCUCUGCUGAUGUGCGGCUGCGAGGCGGAGGACAGCUUUUGCUCUUCCGGGGCAAGUCGGCGGAAGCACAGCUGAGCGGCGGUGCUUGUUUUUGACACGAGUGGAGAAAGACACAUCCCAAAUAUUAAUGAAGUACAGACCCUUGUCCGGGCUCUCACAAUUCAAGUGGGUCUCCUCCUUCAGUAUGCAAUUCCAUCAUGACACACAAAUUGGAGCCACUUGGAAGGACUCCUUGAGCGAAGCCGCAUUGCAAGCCGGAAAGCUCGUCGAGAGUCGGGGGAAACUUACAUGGGACUUGGAAGCAACUAAAACACUUCACGACCAUGCAAUGUUGGUCCAGCUGGCAUGCAGUCACUAUUCAUCCCCCAUCCGCAAUUUUUGUGUGUCCAUCACCAUGUACUUUCGCUUAUCAUUCAUUCUAAAUGAACAUUUCUGGCCAAUACCGAAAGACAAAGCCAAGGCUGAAAACCAAAAGAGAAAGUCAACCCCAAAAGUUUCUAUUCCUAUAUGUUGUAUGUGUUGUUAAUAUUACAUUUGUGGAAUAGGAGUUAAGCAGCAAAAGUCAACCGUUUUUUAUUUUAUUUUUUUAAUUCAUCUCUUUUUGCCACUGUCAACUGAAAAUGAUAUCACACUUGCUUCAGGUAACAACCAAAUACGGCUCAGCUUUAGAAAACUGGUGAGUUGUGAUUGGCUGUGACGGGAGCCCUGCAACUGUGAUUGUCAUUUUCAGUCGACAGCAAGUGGCAAAAUGGCCACUCCCUGAGAUGGAUGAAAACAAGUGGAUUUUGCUUCUUUAAUCUAUAUUCCACAAACAAAACCUUAAUCAGAACACUGUUUUGACUAGUCGGGCUACACAGAACAUUAGAACAAAGAAAAUCUUCCGGUUGACUUUCCCUUCGCUCACUUCAGCAGUCAAUCAAUCUACGUGUGGCUGACCAAGGUGCCCCAUUGGCAGCCACAUCGGAUCACCCCUCCUCGUUGUUUGCCAUUCCAAGUCUGAUUUUACCCCCUAACACCAAGAUCGUCCCCCAUGAUGUCCCCCUGGCCAACGUUCCCCAUCAUUUAGAGUGUUUUCUUUCAACCUUUUUGCCCACAUCAUCAUCAUAACACCCUGUUUCAGCCAUAUACUUGCACUAUCUGAAAGCUGAGAAUGCACUUUGGGGCCAUUUUUGAUGCAUCCCAACUAAUCGAGUCAUGUGGUUAGCUUAACCAUUAGCCACCUGGCUCUGACAUCAUCACCUGGAAGUUAACCAGAAAGGUGCGGGUAGCCAUCGCUGCUGAAAUGAGUCAUCUGUCCUGAAAAGCUCAGAUCGUCUCUGAAAUAAAUCACUGGACAUGA